UCUCACUCUUUCUUCUCUCUUCCCUCUCUCUCUGAAUGUGUGUGCGCUUCUUUUGUCCAGUUAACCAUGAUUACUGGAAAGGACAUGUACGAUGUGUUUGCGGCCAUUGUGCCUUUGUAUGUUGCAAUGCUAUUAGCAUAUGGCUCCGUCAAGUGGUGGAAAAUCUUUACACCUGACCAGUGCUCCGGCAUCAACCGCUUUGUGGCUGUGUUUGCAGUUCCAUUGCUUUCCUUCCAUUUCAUUUCUACCAAUGACCCUUAUGCCAUGAACUAUCGAUUCAUUGCAGCUGACUCCCUCCAGAAAAUCGUCGUUCUUACUGCUCUCUUUCUGUGGCAAACCUUCAGCAAAAAUGGCAAUCUUGAGUGGAUGAUCACGUUGUUCUCACUUUCCACCCUCCCAAACACACUUGUCAUGGGAAUCCCACUCUUGAAGGCCAUGUAUGGAGAUUUCUCGGGAGACCUUAUGGUCCAGAUUGUGGUUUUGCAGAGUAUAAUUUGGUAUACUCUCAUGCUCUUCCUGUUUGAGUUCAGAGGUGCAAAGCUCCUCAUUGCUGAGCAAUUCCCUGAGACUGCUGGAUCCAUCACCUCCUUCAAAGUUGAUUCAGACGUUGUGUCACUAAACGGUCGUGAGCCAUUGCAGGCUGAUGCUGAGAUCGGUGACGAUGGAAAGCUUCACGUAGUGGUAAGAAGAUCGGGUACAGCAUCUAUGAUUUCUUCUUUCAACAAAUCCAAUGGACUAAACUCGUUAACUUCCAUGACCCCACGGGCAUCGAACCUCACCGGUGUUGAGAUCUAUUCGGUACAAUCUUCUCGAGAACCCACUCCAAGGGCUUCCAGCUUUAACCAGACAGAUUUUUAUGCCAUGUUUGCUAGCAAGGCACCCAGUCCAAAACAUGGAUACACAAAUAGUUUCCAAGGGGGUUUAGGCGGCGAUGUUUACUCAUUGCAGUCUUCAAAAGGAGCAACACCAAGGGCUUCAAAUUUUGACGAGGAGAUGUUUAAGAUUGGGAAGAAGAGGCCGGGAGGACGGAGCAUGAGCGGUGAGUUGUUUAAUGGCGGUUUCGUUUCAUCGUCCCCGCCUCCAAACCCUAUGUUGUCGGGGUCUACUAGUGGUGGCCUAAGGAAGAAGGAUAGUUCUGGCGGUGGUGCAGUGCCUAACAAGGAGCUUCACAUGUUUGUUUGGAGCUCGAGUGCGUCUCCAGUUUCGGAAGGGAACCUGAGACAUGCAGUUAAUGCAGCUUCCUCAACGGACUUUGGUGUCAUUGAUCCUUCCAAGGGCGCUGCUCCUCAACAUGAAAAUGCUGCUUCAAGAGGAAUGCACGAUUCAGAUGAAAAUUUGAGCGCAGCAAGAAAAAUGAAUGGGGAUAGGGAGCUAGUUGAUAUGGUGGAAGGUUUGAAGUUCCCCACAAGCGGGUCUCCUUACACAUGCCAGAAAAAAAUGGACAUGGAAGAUCAAGGAGAUAUUAAUAUUGGAGCAAAGAAGCACCAAAUGCCUCCGGCAAGUGUAAUGACUAGGCUUGUACUUAUCAUGGUUUGGAGGAAGCUUAUAAGAAACCCCAACACCUACUCAAGCCUUCUGGGCGUUACAUGGUCUCUUGUUUCAUUCAGAUAUCAUAUCCAAAUGCCGUCCAUCAUCAAAGGAUCCAUUUCAAUAUUAUCCGAUGCGGGUUUGGGAAUGGCUAUGUUCAGUCUAGGUCUGUUCAUGGCUUUACAACCAAAGAUAAUUGCUUGUGGAAAAUCCGUGGCAACAUUUUCAAUGGCUGUUAGGUUCUUGACUGGCCCCGCUGUAAUUGCUGCUACCUCCAUCGCAGUCGGUCUUCGCGGUGUUCUUUUGCAUGUUGCAAUCGUUCAGGCUGCUCUUCCCCAAGGGAUUGUUCCCUUUGUAUUUGCCAAGGAGUACAACGUCCAUGCCAACGUACUUAGCACUGCAGUUAUAUUUGGAAUGCUCGUCGCCUUGCCCAUAACAAUUCUUUACUACAUACUUCUCGGCCUCUGACUUCUGGACAACAAAGGCAAGGGAAAGCAAACAUACUUCUGUAAAUCCUUCCAAAUUAGGUUUAGGUGGAUGGAUAUGGCAGAUGCAAUGUCCCGGAAAAAAAUGCUUUUGGGUUUUGUUUAAUUUCCUUCAAUCUCAAAGAUCUUUCAUCAAUGUCGUUUCAUUUAUGUACUUUUGUUUUUCUUCUAUUUAAUUACCCGGUUAUACAUGAGUUAGGUGGUAGCCAGAAAAGUAAUCCAGAUAGACCGAUAGGCAAAGUCAAAUUUGUUUGAUGUACGUAGUUGCGUGGGUUUUUGCUUCACCAAUUUCAAAG